CAACUCCAACCUAUCAUGUAACUACUGUUUAUCCAAAGUUGACAACCUCCAACAAUGAAAACAGAGUUUACAACACAACCAGAGAGCAUGUUAUUUAAGUUAGUUUCUAAAUAUGCAAAUCCAAUCUCUCUUUCUCUCUGGUGAAAUUCAAAGCAAUGUGUAACAUUUUUUCUAUUAUUGACAACCAUUAACUGUAAACACAGACUGUAUAUGGUUAUUUCAAUUUUCAUCUGCCACACCAAACCCCUUAAUAGUCCUUCACCCUCCACAUUCCUACCUCCUUCAAUUCAAUUGAAACUUCCACAUUGCACACAAAAACCAAUUGUUGUUGUCUGCAAUGGGGAGUGGUAAUUCAAGAUUAAACGCCACCGAAGGAGGAGGUGUUUUGCCUCCGAAAGUGCGGUCCACGCUUCUUAACCGGUUCGAGGAAUUCAGAAAACGCAGGAAUGGAGGAGCAGGCACCAUCUCCAAGAAGCAGCUAUUGAAGGAUGCAGAGGAAACAGAGGAUGAACAUUCUCAAAUUUCUCAUGAAUCUGAAACAGAGGAUAACAAGGUUUUGGUGCUAAAGGAGACUCAACCAAUCAAAGAGGAAACGGUAGUUCAAGUAAUAGCCACAGAAAAACUCUCAAGAGUGGUUCCAAUGCCCAACCCUGAAUGUGAAAUUGAGGAACAGAAAGAUCAAGUUAACCAAAACACUGAUUCCAAUAAGGGUAAAACAGAACAAGUUACAGAUCCUAACAUGGUUAUUAUAGAGCAUGUUAACGAAUGCAUAGACCAAGGUGUCAUAAUCAUAGAUCCUAAACAAGGUAAAUUGAUUCUUGUUGAUGAAAAGGUUGAGGCAGAGGUGAAAACAGAGGUGGUUCAUGUUGAUGUGAAAGCUGAGGCAGAGUUCAAAACAGGGGAGGGGAAGAUUGCAGAGCAGGCUGAGACAGAGGUAAAAACAGAGGAGGGAAAAAUUGCAGAGCCUGUGGAAGAGCCAAGGCAAGAAAUUAAGGAAGAAGUAGGUGAGAAAAGUGAUGAUGAUAGUGAUGAUGAUGAUGAAGAAGAUGGAGAAUUUGGAAGAUUUCUAUGUCCUGGAUCACCAAGUUUCAGAAUUUAUUACAUUGAAGCAGAGAAAAGAAAGGAUCAAGAAGAAUGUAAGAGUCCAACCAUUGUGAUGCACCACCAGAAGUCCCACAGUGCUGACAGUGUUGAAAGCUCUGCAUCAAGAAAAUCCAGAAGAAGCUCAAACGAUGCACUUGAGGUUCUGGAUGUUGAAAUUGAACCAAUUGCAAAGGGAAAAGGGAAAAAAUCAAAGAAAUUUGGGCCUAUGAAAAAACUACUCAAGGUUAAGUCAUGCUACUACCCAAUGUCUACCUGUACUGGGAAUGGCAGAGCUCACCUUAUUGCUGCAAAAGCAGGACAUUGAUUAUGGCACUAGGUGUUAGAAACAAUGAAGACAUUUACACUCACUUCUCUUUUUCUUUCUUUUUAAUUUUUUUUUAAUUUUUUGGCCGACUUACGGUAUGUUUGGAAAAAAAAUUCCACACACAUUAUUCAGGUUAACUCUUAAGCUACAAUGUAUGUGAUUUCAUGGGCUUAAGGUAGUAUCUGAACGUGUAACCAAACAUACCUGUUGUGUGGACCACAAUUGACUUGUCUUUAUUCGUUAUGUAAAAAAAAAGACCUUGUGUA